AUGAAACUUAAAUUAAUUCCAAUUUUAAUUAACAUUUUGCUAUCAAUUCAAUCAAUAUCAAGUAAAAUUAAUUUAGAAAUGGAAUCGGAUGUUUUAUCAAUCUCAAGUGUAUUACUCGAUAUUGCUGAUGAAUUUUUAUUAAAAGAAAAAAUCACAUUUGAUUUCACAAUUCUAAGAACCACGUCGCCAUUUAUUAUGGACAUUAUCAGUAACUUGUUGUUUAAAAUCGACAAUAAAUAUUCUUACAAACUUAAAAAUAUGAAAAUCUAUACAAAAGAUUUGUUUAUACGAAAAUACUCAACGUUCAUGUUUUUUGAUUCUUUAGAAGAAUUUAAGUAUAUUGAGCAUCAAUAUCAAGUUUAUCGGCACCAAAAUAAUGCAAUUAAAUAUUUUGCAUUUAUUCCAAAUUUGACUUUUAAGGAAUUAAAAUCUUCAAGGAUUUAUGAUUAUUACAAUAGAUUAUCAUUGUUAAGCAGCUCUGUUUUUCAGUACACAUAUUUUAUUACAAAUGAGUUAAACACAGUGACACUGUCAACUGUCGAAUGGUUUAGUCCUUAUGGAUGUAAUCGUGCUCAUUUAAAUAAGUUGAAUACAUUUGAUAAAAAAUCACAAAAAUGGAAGUUAAAGCUUGAAAAUUAUGAAAAGUUCUUGAAUUAUCACAAUUGUGAGCUAGUCAUGAUGUUGCCAAUUCCACUGUCAGAAGGGACAAUUUAUCAUGUUUCUGGAUAUGCUUUACCAAAUAAGAAUUUAACAACUUUUGAAGUUCAUGGAAUCUCACCAGUCAUAUUUGAAAUUACAUCAAAAAAGCAUAAUUAUUCAACUGAUUAUCAGCCUGUCUCGAUGAAUGAAAAAUGGUUUGAUGACCCGAACUUAGGAGAAGUACGAAUACUUCAUAUAAAUAAUGCGUAUAAGGAUAUACACGUUUAUUUCCAAUCAUGUCCAAUAUCAAGUUUAAAAGUCAAUCAAGCAGCAUCAAAUGUGAUGAGUAAUUUUAACGUAUUAAUUUUUGUAACUCCAGCAAAGAUGUUUACACCAUACGAGAAAUUCUUCCUUCCAUUUGACAUGCUGACAUGGAUUUUAAUUUUUUUCACAUUCUUCGUGACAUUCAUCUCAAUUUUUAUCAUUAAUCAUCUCUCAAAAUCUAUUCAAAAUCUCAUUUAUGGUCAAAAUAUUGAGACUCCAAUUUGGAAUGUAAUCAGCAUAUUUUUCGGAAUUUCACAGACAAAAUUACCAAGCAAGAAUUUUUCACGAUUUAUUUUGAUUCUUUUUAUUUAUUUCUGCUUGAUUUUCCGGACAUGUUUUCAAAGUAAAUUUUUUGAAUUUAUGACAAGUGAGCCGAGGCAGUCACCACCAAAGACUUUUAAUGACUUAGCUGAACGAAAUUAUACAAUGCAUGCGCUAAGAGCAACACUAGGAACAUUAAAUAUGUAUAAGAAAAUGGACGAAACAAAAUUAUGGCCGAGGAUUGUCAAAUCCAACCCGAUUGAUUAUUUAGAUGCAUAUUUAAAUCAAUCACAAAAUUCAUCAGCUAAACUCGCAUUAGUUGUUGAUGAAUACUUUUUAAAUCAUGUUGAUUUAAAUUUAAAAACAGUAAGCUACAAAUGGAACAGGCUUGAAUAUUCAGUUCCAUACACAUUUUAUGAUGUUUUUACAUUCAAAUCUUAUGCUUUUUACUUCCGAAUGCUUAACAAUGUCAUUAAUCGUUUAGUUCCAUCAGGAAUUAUAAAUCAUUUGAUUGAAAACUUUUAUACUAAAAAAAUUAAAAUUAAAAAGAUUGAGGAAGAACCAAAAGUAUUAAGCCUUGAUGAUUUGACUUUUGGCUUUAACAUUUACAUUGCAUCGUGCUUGACAUCUUUUCUUGGAUUUCUUGCCGAAAAAGUUUUCAUUUUAAGAUCCAAGAAAAUUAAACGAAAAACUAGUUUCAAAAAUUCAUUUAAAAAAUAA